AUGUCGCGGCUCGAGAAAGGGCAGAAUAUCUGGAGCCCAGCGGUGAAAAUGACGCACGACCACACACGAAGCGAGCAAAACCCAGUCCUCUUUCGCGUCCCUUCGUCAGGAGAAAUCCGAUUGCUCUAUACAUCCCAGGACGCAGGAAACCAAGAUUCGGCCAUUGUGAAGCAACAAAUAUCUCAAGAUAAUGGGUCAACCUGGUCUGAGCCUAGCGUGCUUUUUAGCGAACCGGGCACCUUCAUUCGCCAACCGGUCGUUGUGCUCCAGGACGGAGCCUGGGUGGUCCCUACCUUCAAAUGCAGAGCAGAGCCAGGUACAAGAUGGCUUGGAAACGAUGACAUAUCGUGCAUUCGAAUCUCCCGGGAUGAGGGGCAAAAUUGGAGCGAAAAAGAGAUUCCGGACAGCUAUGGUUGCGUGCACAUGAAUAUCCAGCAGUUGAAGAAUGGAACAUACCUCGGCUUGUACCGAAGCCGAUGGGCUGACAAUAUAUAUUCAUCGACAUCACCUGACGGUAUCAACUGGAGUGUACCCGUGCCUACAGUUCUGCCAAAUCCCAACUCCGGAGUUUGUUUUGGCGUUUUACCCUCAGGGAGAGUGGUGCUUGUGUACAAUCAUUCCUCGAAGAAGGACGCUCUUGGACGUCGCGAUGGCCUCUACGAUGAUAUCAGCGACGGCAAAGAUACUCGCGCCAAUCAAGCAAGUAAACACGGAAAAGACGCGUUUUGGGGUGCCCCGCGGGCACCUCUCAACGUGGCUUGGAGUGACGAUAAUGGGGCCAAUUGGGCAUGGAAGACGCUGGAAGACGGAGACGGUUACUGUUUGACUAAUAAUAGUGAGAAGAAGCUCAAUCGAGAGUUAUCUUACCCAAGUAUUCUCGUCCAGGACGAUGGUACGAUCCAUAUCGCCUACACUUUCUGGAGGCAGCGGAUCAAGUACGUCAGGUUAGGAGAAGAUUUCUUCCAGUGA